AUGGCGUCUAAUAGAUCCAUAAUUAGAGGAGGCAACAAGCAUCACAUCCUCUUGGCAGACACGGCCAGUGUCAUGACGAUAGCUGCGUCUCUAUUAUUGAUGAAACGGCUGAAAUGGACCUCGAAAGACGCUAAAAAAAAGCGACGAUACUUCCAGUACAAGGUGAUUCAAACUCUGGUUGGCCCCACUCUCCAAAUGGAACCAGUGGACUCUCAAGCCAGUGCCUUGUUCCAAGCAGACUCGAAAGAAUCCUCGGCGUUGCUCAUGCUGACCACGUAUUCACUGUCACCUGCUUCUUCGGCCAGCAACAACUAG